CAUCAAAUAGAGACUUCUCUCUCUUUUCUUAGUAUACAGUCUUUCUUUGUCUCUCUCCUUCGCUUCUUUCUUCUUCUAUUGUGCUUGCUCCAUUGUUUCAUAACACAGUGAUUAAAGAAAAAAAAAAAAAAAAGAGGCAGAUCCAAGAAGAGGUUGUUAAUCUGUCAAAGCCAUCAAUCAAUCAAUCAAUUCCCCAGCAGUAGCCAAUCCAAUAAAUUUUAAAAGAUAGAGAGCUAAAGUGAUCUCUCUCAACCAUGUCCUCCUCUUCUACUAGUUCCACUACAACUACUUGGUCAUUGGACCACUUCGCUUCUUCCGAGCAGCUGUGCUAUGUCCAUUGCAACAUAUGCGACACCGUCCUCGCGGUGAGUGUUCCAUGUACAAGUUUGUUCCAAACUGUCACGGUCCGCUGCGGCCAUUGCACUAAUCUUUUGCCAGUGAACAUGAGAGGGUUGCUCUUGCCUUCAGCUAACCAGCUCCAUAAUCACUUUGGCCAUACAUUCUUCUCUCCUUCCCCUAACUUUCUGGAUCAAAUCUCAAGCCCGACUCCCAACUUUCUGAUGAAUCAGACUACAGCAAGUGACUUCACUCUACCUCCUCAGACGGGAUUCAGUGACCUUCCUAGGCCACCGGUUAUGAACAGACCUCCAGAGAGGAGACAGAGAAUCCCUUCUGCUUACAACCGAUUCAUCAAGGAGGAGAUCCAACGCAUUAAGGCAACAAAUCCUGAUAUUAGCCAUAGGGAGGCUUUCAGCGCAGCUGCAAAAAAUUGGGCUCACUUUCCUCAUAUUCAAUUUGGUCUCAUGCCUGAUCAAACUGUCUAGAAAACCAAUGUGCGCCAACAGGAGACAGAUGAUGUCCUAAUGAAGGAUGAAUUCUUUGCCGCAGCUAACAUUGGCGUUUCCCCAUACUAAUUAAGAAGCAAGAAGCGAAGCACAUUAUGCUUUUGGCACUAUCUUUUUCAGGGCUCUUGUGCAGAAACUUCUAGCUAUGGCAUGGAUAUGUUAUGGAUCUCUUGAGUGGUAGAGAAGAUAUGGAGGUCCAGAUAACUACUCAAGUCUAACCUUUUGGUUUCUAUUUAACUUGUCUGCCGUUGAUCUCCACUAAUGUGUUGAUAUGUCUGCAAGCUAGCAUGUAGUAGGCCAAGUGUUAGUAGGAAAUCGUGCUUCUUUAAACAUUAUUGCAGUGACCUUUUGCUUUAAGGACUUUUAUCACUCUUCAUGUUGGUGCUAAAGUAAACUGCUAAUUCGUCUAUUGGGUUCGUAUUGUUGCACAACUACAAAGAUCAUUGCAUAUUUGUUUC